UCACACAGGUCCUUCCUCCUCUCCUCACACAGGUCACAUGAUGGUGACAUCACACAGGUCCUGUGCUCUUCCUGAUGCCUGCAGGUCCUGUGUGUGUUGGAGAUUCCUUAUUCUCUGGACCUUGUAUACAGAGGAGAUAGAGAUAUAUAUAUGUGACAGUCACUGCUGAGCUGCGUUACAUUGUGUUGGUGCAGUGUUAGCUCCGCCCCAUAUGACUGUAUUACACAUGUAUGUCGGUGACUGCGGCUGUAGCGGUGUUGGCGGUUGUAUUGUCCUCUAUGGGAUAUAACCAGUGUUAUCCGCCAUUACUAAUACACCCCAGUUGUCUCCUCUUCCCCUGAAUGACCCCAAGGAUGGAGAAGGACAGGAAUGAGAUGACUAAGAGAAUAUUACACUUCACCUUGGAGAUCCUCCACCUGCUGACCGGAGAGGAUUAUACCAUAGUGAAGAAGACAUCGGGGGAGUGUGUGGCCCCCAGCAGCCAUCUCCAUGAGUCAGGAGGACAGAGCAGGGCCCGGGGCCCCAUCACGGAGCCUCCACCUCACUCACUGAUACAUGAGGAGAAGAUCCUAGAACUCAUCCACAGGAUCACUGAGCUGCUUACUAGAGAGGUUCCUAUAAGGUGUCAGGAUGUGGCGGUCUAUUUCUCCAUGGAGGAGUGGGAGUAUGUAGAAGGACACAAGGAUCUGUACCAGGACAUAGUCAUGAUGGAGGAUCACCGGCCCCUCACACCACAAGUUGGAGUCAUUGAUAGAAAUUCACCCGAGAGGUGUCCCCGCCCUCUGGAUUCCCAAGACUGUCCAGAGGGAAAUGUCCCAGAGAACCAUCAGGGUGAAGAUCUGAUGGAUAUUAAGGUUGAGGUUAUAGAUGAAGAAGAAGAAGAGACGGAUUUCAUGGCCGAUCAUCAGUGUAAGGAGGAGGAGACUUUCUGUGGUUGAAAAAAAAGUGGAACAUUUAAUCUCCUGACAUUUUCGAUUCCUGUGGUCUGUAGGCAGCACAGUAAUGGGUUAAAGUAUUCU